AUGGGCCAUAAGAUAAAAGUAGAACCUACACAGAUAGCGUCGCCAACGGGAAUUCAUUUGGGACCCUCCCAAUUCAUACAUGGUCAGAACAAUAAGCCUCCAACAAGACAAUUCACCACUAGAUCUCGUGCCAAAAGUACUGCAAGUUUCAAGGGUCUGAGGAAAGUAUUGACUCAUGAUGGCACCUCCAUCGAUCGGGACUCCAUGAAACCUACGAAAUCUAGUGAUGCACUCUUUAGGAAACGUGCCAUAAGUGGACUGAAUAUGACUGCAUUGGCUAGGGUUAGGUCAAACCCAAAUGUACAUGGAGGUUCAGGAAGUCAUGGUCAUGGCACAGGAAUGUGGAUGGGUAUCCCUGGAAUUAAACCCAGGAGGACUAAAAGUACACAUUCUGUUAUCAGUAUGAAGGAUAACAGUGAUAGUUGCUCUAACAGUGAAGAAGAAUUGGUUACAGACAGUGAAUCAGAUACUGCUACGAAGGACGGACAUAGGAGUAAUAAACGUAGUAAUAGCAACAGUAGUGGUACUGGCAUGAUGCGCGAUAACUCUAGGGAGAAACUUAUAUCAAUCGAUAGCAUCAUGGAGGAGGCCCAAAUGGAUGAGAGAACAGAGGAUCUACUGACUGACAAGGAACAUGUGGUCAAGCCAUUGAGUUACAAACCACCUUCUGAUUAUAUAGAUCAUGGAAAUACAAGCGUGAGUCAGGAUAAGCUGAAUGAUUCUUCUCACAACGACACAUCAUUAGAACUAGAAAUAAAAACCAACGGGUUUAAUAAUGGAGGUCAAACUGUUAACAGACUGACCACAAAAGAGGACGAUAAUAAUGAAGAUUAUUUAAAGAAAAAUGCUGAAUUAUCUAUUAGCAAUGAUCAUAUCGAACCAGCGGAUAUAUCCGAUAGUAAUGAGGGUUAUGAUCUAUACAGAAAUCAACUAACUAGACAGACAAACAACAAAGAAUACGAUACAAAUAUGGACCAAAAACAAAAUAUAACAGUACAGAAAGAUAACGAUAAUAAAGUUGAAAAUAGUCGGAAGAAUGAUGAAUUAAAUGAUCAGUAUAUACCCAAUAUGAUUCUAUCUCAAUCCACUGGGGUAGUAAGACAUUUUGAUGAUCUACCAUCUAUACAAAAUUCGCUUUCCAAUGAAAUACAUGCAAACCGUAAUUCAGGAUACUCAAUUGUCAAUAAUAAUAAUAAUAUUAAUAUGGGCCAAGAAACUUACAAAACAUCACAUUUACUAAACAGUAGAGAACCUAUAUCGUCUGUUCAUCAAGUACCGAAAGAACUUGCAAAUAAAAUCAAUGGAUUCAACACGAAUGAGGACUCGAUGAACAAUAACAACAAUUCAGAUAUUCCAGGGAAUGUUCAAAAUUCAAAAAUAUCAAAUUUUUCCAAUUCAUAUUCUAGUUUAACCAAUAAUUUACAACGGGCCAAUGCUGCAGCAGUGUUAGGUAAGACAGCCAGUGCAAGAGUCCCACAGAGUCCACAUAGACCAAAUACAGGCACAAACUCACAGACAGGCUCUACACCACUAAGUAGUCUUUUUAGAAAGAGAAGUAAUCAAUACGACCUUUCUGGGUCUAAUGCUAAUAAGACAGAAACAGAUGAUGUUGCUAAAGGUGAAGAUGGGAAGAAACUCAAUAACUUUUCUCAAUUCCUAAAAUCUGACAUGACUGAGGGUGACUCUAGAACACAGAGGAAACUUUGGUUACAAAGAGAAAAUUCGAUCAUGGAUUUAAAUAUUCAGAAUGGGUCUGUAGAUUCUGUGUUCAUGGUUACAAAUGUAGAUGUCAAACGAGAAUUCGAAAGAAUAUCACACGAAUAUACAAAUUCAAAAAGAUUUUAUAAUUCGUUGGAUGCAUCAUUAAAUAGAUUUGAAACCUAUAAAAAACAGCAAGAAGAUACAAACAGGAUGAAUGAAAUGAAUUCGAAGACUAAAUAUAAAUCCAAAUCAACAAAUACCAAGCUAUCGGGCCAUCUCUCUUUAAGAUCUACUGACAGCAAUAAUACGGAAUUCUUUGCUAAUUAUGGUUCUAGUCAAUCUAAUACUGUUAAUAUGGAGGAAUUCUUGCCAACUAUACAAAAUUCCAAAUUACAAAGAGUCUUGUCUUCAAUAUGGAAAGAAGAAAGUAUGGCUUUUAACAAUGAAAUGAAUCAAUUAAACAAGAGCAAUAGGAGCCAUCAUCAAAGAGAGCUAAGCGAUAGUUCUCAGAAUAGAUUAUCACAAGCGGGAAAUGCUGGAUCAAGAUCAAUAUACAACAACAGCUACCUCAAUGGUAUAAACCAAAGUAGUAAUAAUAGACAAUCCUUACGAAACACAACGAUGAACAACAAUUAUGGAAGUCAGUCCAGGAUGAUGAAUUCGUUGCAGCCAACCACCCGUGCUGUCAUUAGACGAAAUGAAUCUAGCUCUCAACAAGCACAACGAUUCUGA